GAGCAGAGAAGAAGCGCUACUUGUUGACUUCCGGUGCAAAGCUUCACGUGGAGAGAAGAGCAACGGGAUCGCUGCAGCGCGGAACAGACUGAAUAAAGGCCAAAAAAAUGUCUAAGUUAGACGGAAUAGUAAAGCCGAAGACAAAGCGCUCAAAGCGUUUCUUGGAGAGCAGAGCGCCCAAACUGAUCGAGGAUGUGAAGAGCACCAUGAUCAUGAAGGGAGGAAACACCAGCCAGACCGUCACUACAGCCCUCAAAGACAUAUAUUCCUUGAAGAAACCAAAUGCUGUGCUGUACAAAAAAAAGAAUAUUACUCGGCCUUUUGAGGACUCCACGUCCCUGGAGUUUUUCUCCAAGAAAACAGACUGCUCUCUGUUUCUGUUCGGCUCCCACAACAAGAAGCGGCCCAACAACUUCAUAUUCGGUCGGCUGUUUGAUUUCCAUGUCCUGGAUAUGUUUGAACUUGGAAUUGAGAAGUUUAUCUCCCUCAGCGAGUUCAAGAUCAGCAAGUUCCCUGAAGGAACCAAACCGAUGCUCAUAUUUGCUGGAGACGAUUUUGAUACCGACAACUUAUAUAAACGACUCAAGAGCCUGCUCAUAGACUUCUUCAGAGGCCCCACUGUGUCUGCGGUGCGUCUCGCCGGUUUGGAACACGUCCUGCACUUCACCGCUCUGGAAGGGAAAAUCUAUCUGCGCAGUUACAGGUGUCUGUUAAAGAAGUCUGGGUGCCGCACGCCGAGGAUCGAGCUGGAGGAGAUCGGGCCGUCGUUCGACUUCGUCCUGAGAAGAACACACCUGGCGUCAGAUGACCUGUACAAGCUGGCUCACAGACAACCCAAAGCCCUGAAGCCAAAGAAGAAGAAGAACAUUUCCCACAAUACCUUUGGAACCACAUUUGGCCGGGUGCACAUGCAGAAACAGGACCUGUCCAAGCUGCAAACACGGAAGAUGAAGGGCCUGAGGAAGAGGAAGGGAGAGGUGGUCGAUGAAGGCGCUGAGGGGCAGGAACCCAAAGUGGCCAAAGUGGAGAGCUGAAGCUGUGGAGACGGAUUCAAGGACAUUAGUUCAUUUCUUGCCUUUAGUUCCUGACAGGAACAUGGCCUGUGAGCAGCCCCCAGACCAGUGGCGACACAUGUUGGCCCCUGGUCAUGUGACUUUCAGGAUGUGCAAGUCAGCGAAGGUUCUGACUUGACCUAAUUGUUCCUCUUUGGUCACAUUUCAGUCUUUUUUUUUUUUUGUUUGUAUACAAAGCUGCUCAAAGCCUAAUGUCAAGUCCUUUAAAGGGAAAAAAUAAAUCAAUUUCUCAACUUU